CUUCAAACAUCCCAAGCCCAACUUAAUCACCACUUCACAAAAUCUAGAACAAUCCCCAACAAAAUUAGAAAAAGACCGAAAUGUCUUCUCUCAUCACAGCAGAGAUCAAGUCCAAAGCAGAUGAGCUCUACCAUGGAGAUGAAAUCUGCCAACAAAAAUCAAAGCAGCUUCUCUCAGAAAUCUUCCUCCCCAAUGGCCUCUUGCCCCUCAAGGACAUUGAGGAGUGUGGGAUUAUCAGAGAAACUGGCUUUGUGUGGCUCAAGCAGAAGAAGAGCUACACCCACAAGUUUGAGAAAAUUGGGAAGUUGGUCAGUUAUGCCCCUGAGGUCACAGCCAUUGUUGAGAAGGGCAAGAUCAAGAAGCUGACAGGGGUGAAGACCAAGGAGCUUCUGGUGUGGGUGCAGCUCAGUGACAUUUACGUUGAUGACCCUCCAACUGGGAAGAUCACCUUCAAGACCCCUGCUGGGUUGUUUAGGACUUUUCCUGUAAGUGCUUUUGAGGUUGAGGAAAGUGCUUCUGGGAAGGAUGGGAAGGGGAAGGAGGUGAAGGAGGAGGCCAAGGGAGUUGUGGAGGUUUGAGGGAUGAGGUGAAGGGCCUUUGGGUCUUUGGGAUUUAUAGGCCUUCGUGCCUUUCUGUUGUUCUUAUGUUGUUCUUGUUGGUGUGAAAGCCCUUUUACUAGGGGUACUUUAUAAUCAAAUAAUAUUUAAUAAUAUUUAAAGUUGUUUUUU